AUGCCUUUUGAUCUUGACGUUUAUCUUCACCGGAUCGGCCUUGAAACAUGCACUCCGGAUCUGGCCGGCUUGAGGCAACUGCAGACCGCGCAGAUCGGUGCAAUUCCGUUUGAAAAUGUUUUGCCCUUUCUGGGACGCGUGCCGGAUCUUGAUCCUGAAAGCCUCUGGCGGAAGCUGGUUCUCAACCGGUGCGGUGGAUAUUGUUUCGAGCUGAACUCGCUCCUGGGUGAGGCCCUUGUUGCGCUGGGUUUCGACGCACGGCAGGUCCUUGCCCGUGUGCGCAUGGGCGAAGCAAAGGGCGGUGCGAGAACCCACCUGGCCUUCGUCGUGACGCUGGACGGAGACGAAUGGCUGGUCGACACCGGAUUUGGCGGACAGGCACCCGCCGAACCGGUGAAGAUUGCCGAAACCGGGCAGCCUGUUCGUGAUCAGGUCUACCGAGUCCGUUUUGAAGAUGUAUCCGGCGAGCAUGUUCUGGAGCGGAGCACCGAAGACGGCUGGUUUCCGCUCUACGGUUUCGACCGGGUCGAGGUCCGUCGUGAUGAUAUCGAGGCUUCCAACUUCCUUUGCGCGGCAUCGCCAAAACAGUCGUUUUCUUCGAGCAUGAAAUUCUAUCGGCUGAGAGAGGACGGCUUCCUGAGUUUUCUGGACGGCCGGGCACGUCACAUCGGAAGCGGCAAAAAACGCGAAUGGCAGAUCAGUACUUAUGAGGAUCUGGCGGCCUUCAUGAAGGAAGACCUUGGGCUCGGCUAUGACGAUGCGGACAUCGAGGCAAUCGCCAGUCGCCUCGCUUCCAUGCAACUUUCAAACUCUUAA